AUGGCAAGGCCAUUUGAGAAAAUAGCUGAUAUUAAUGAGACAAAAGAGUUACGGAAAGUUGCAGUAAAAAUACACCACAAAUGGACUUUGUCAUGGUGUGUUACCAUAGAAACCACAAAGAAACUGAAAGCAACUGGAAAUGGUUGGUACUAUUUGGCAUGCUGUAAAUGUCCAAGAGUAGCAAAGGGGGCCUCUCCGUCAUAUACAUGUUCUGAUGGAAAUUCAUCAGAGACUAAAAUUUAUAGGUAUAAAAUUGAGGUUGAAAUAGUUGAUAAUGGAAUUUCAAGCAUUUUUGUCUUUUGGGAUCAUGAGUGUAAUGAAUUGUUGGAAAUAUAUGCAUCUCAACUCCGCAAAACAAUGUUGCAGGAUGGUAUUAGCAAUCCACUUGAAUUUUCAUUGGUCCUUGAUAAUUUAAUUGGGCAUGGAUUUGCAUUCAAAGUUAAAUGGCAACCAAGGUGGAAAAAUGCAAGUGUCAUGAUGGUCGUACAUGACAAAGAAACUAUUCAUAAAUUACUAGCGCAAUGGGAAGUUUGUAAGCCUACUACGAAUGAAGUUAAACUAUUUGAUGAUCAACUUAACCAAAUAAGGGAAAGUGUUGAUGAAACAAUGUUGGCCGAGGAAUGGAAUAUCAUAAAUGAUUUGGAAAUCACCUCUAAAUUGAAUUCACAACUUUUGCCUUCUGAUCUAUUUGCAAUCAUGAACUAUACAACCCUUGAAAAAGCAAAGGCAAAAACAUCACCACCAGUAACUCCAAUCAAUGAAAUAGUUAGAUCAACAACAGCACCACCAAUUACUCCAAUCAAUUCUAGGAAAAGGCUUGCAGUUCAUGCUUCAAGCUAUUCUGCCACUUUGAAAGAAUGA